ACGAAUUAUCAUAAUCGCAAUAUUGUCAUUUGUCAUUAUAUCUUAAAAGACCGGUAUCGGUAUGAAAAAAUUGGAUUUAUUUACUACUUAGGGGACUAAAUAUCACAUACUUAUUAACAUAGUUAUGAACAAUAAAAAUGAACCGAAGGUAAAUAUAUUCCGGUCAAAAAUAAUUAUAAUUGGAGAUGCAAAUGUUGGCAAGACAAGCUUAUUGUUGCGGUACUGCAACAAUGAUUAUAAAGAUGUUUAUGACGCUACUACUGCUGUGGAUAUAAAGAAAAAACUAGUUAAUAUCGAAGACAGCUCGAUGACACUACAUAUUUGGGACACGGCUGGUUCUGAAAAGUAUCAGUCCUUGAUUAGACUCUAUUAUAGAGAUGCCAUGGGAAUUUUACUAACUUAUGAUGUAACAAGUUUAACAUCAUUUCAAAAUUUAGACAAUUGGAUGAAAGACAUCAAUGGUUUUGCUCCUUCACAUGCUCAAAGGGUACUGGUUGGACUGAAAUGUGAUGAUGAAGCGUAUAGAGCCGUCUCAAGAAGUGAAGGAGAAACGGUGGCUGAAUAUUUUAAAAUGCCAUUUAUAGAGGUAUCGUCUAAAGAAAAUAUUAAUGUAGAAAAAGUGUUUGAAUUAAUAGCCAGGAAGAUAAAAUUAUCAAUUGAAGAAUCAGACACUGAAAUGUUGAAAGACUUUGUGUGUGUGAACGGUGAUCAACUAAAACUUCAAGAUAGUACGACGCCUAAAAAAAAGUGGUCCGAAUGUAAGAAAAAUAAAUGUUUUUAAUUUGUUGCGGUAAUUUUUUAAAAAUGUAAUUGAUUUUUCUCUGUAAUCUCAUUUUUGUAGUAUCCUAAGGUUUCAGACCAAUUAUGUGUUCUUUAUGUAAAAAUUUGAUUAUGAAUGUAUUUUUUACAAUACCUGAAACUAUUGUUUUAACCAUGUCAGCAUUUAUAAUUGAUAAGGUAGCUUUUAACUUUUUUGUACUAAUAAAAAAAUGUAUACUUUUUUAAAUGCAUUUUCAAUAUUUGUCAUAAAACUUAUAAACC